ACAGUAAAAUAAUGUGAAUUAAAUCAAACGCAUGCAUUUCUCGACAAUCAAAAAUAUUAUUUUCAAAAAGAAAAAAUUCAAAAUAAAAUGCCAAACUUAUGAUUUUUCCUCGAAAAGAUAACGACAAACCAUUUGCACGAAAAACAACAGAUAUUUUAAUUUGAUAAAAUGUGUGUAUGUGUGGUGGCGCUACACAUCAAAUAAAUACAUUUGAAAAUGCUUUCUCUUCGAAGAAGAAGAAGAAGUAGUAGGAGAGGACGGCGAGGAGCGAGAAAAAAUAAUGAAGCUAUCAGAACUGUCAGUGCACAACAAACAUAAAGUGACGUUUAUGUGAAAAAUUUCUCUCUCUCGCAUUUAAUAUUUUUUUUUUAAUCUUUUCGUUCGUGUGGUGGCCGAAAAAUAAAUUAUCUCAUCGCAAAUAAAAACGCGGUCACAUUGGGUGUUAGUUUGCGUGUAACGCAAAAGAAAUACUGUUUUUUCCUCUGGUUUUUGGUACCCAGAGCAUGCAACAGUAUACACUGCAAACGAAUCAAGGGAAACUAUUACAAGGAGGAAUGUAUGUGAUUCAAUUGAAUAACGGCGAACAACAUUAUGUCCAAGCAACGUCGGCCGUGUUAUCGUCGGCAACGCCGACCGCCACCGCAAUCACCAUCAAUCCAACCGAUCAGUUGCAAACGCAAACAUAUUUACAGCAAAACACAUUGGGACAAACAAUACAAACGGUGCAACCGCAUGAGGCAGCCGUCAUACAACAACAGAACGAUUCGUUCCAAGAUAUACUCGACUAUAUUCAGCAUUUAUAUACCGAAUUGGCGAAAGAGAAGGCCAUAAGACAUUAUAUUUGCCUGUUUUGUACACAAGAUUUUAACGAUUUACGCUCAUUACUGCGGCACACAUCAUUUUCACAUCGAACGAAAAUUCUCGAUGGCACCAUUAGUCUGGAACAGGAUUUUGAGGCGCUUAUUCGUAAAAAAAUCCAAGCAAAGGAGCAACAGAGUCAAAAUCAACAGCUUUAUCAGUGUGUGCAGUGUCAACAGAUGUUCAAUUCAUUGGAAAUCAUAUCGGAACAUUUGACCCAUUGCCAACCGCCUUCGGCGACAAUCACAAACGUUGUGCCAUCUUCCAACAGUGCUUCGUAUCAACAAGGGAAAACUACUUCCACCGAACUGGUCAAUACUUCCGCAAAUAAAUCACACGUCGCAGCCGAUCAAUAUAUCCCAUAUGGAUGUGCACAAUGUGGCCGACGAUAUCACACAAUCAGAGAUCUAAUGGUUCAUAUGCGAACUUGUCAAGAUGAGACAUUUUACGAUGCGGCCCAUCAUUUGCAAAACAAAAAUUGGGUGGAAGCACCGAAAAAUCAACACAUUGUUAUCAAUGAAGAAGCCACAAAUGUUGUACUGAAAACGACUGGCCUUUGGCUUAUGCCCGAACCGCCCGGCCAACAAAUCGGGACUGAAGCGCUACGCGGUUUCUGGGUAAUGCCAUCGUCAACCAGCGAGUAUAUCGAAGAGCAAAUAAGACAACAGCAAGAAAAAAUACGCAUCGAACAGGAACAGAAACGAAUUCAAGAAGAGCAAGAGGAACAGGCGCGUUUGCGACGCGAAGAAGAGGAACGGCAACAAUUAUUGAUUCAGCGUCAAAUUCUCGAGCAACAGCAAAAAUUGCGAUUGCAACAACAGUUGGAUGAACAACAAAAGCAGCAAAUGCUAUUGCAACAACAGCUGCAACGUCAAACUCAAUCGGUUGUGCAAACGAUAUCGUCUGUUCCGAAUACGGUGCCCAUAGUCAAGUCAUCGCCAACGGCGGUAAUCAGUCAUCAAAGUCAAUCAAAUAUUCAAGCUCAACGUCCCCAUUCAGUGGCCACUACAAACACAAUCAUCGUAUUGAAUGAUGAGCAAAUCUUCAGUCAAUCGGGCAGCGAUACAGCAUUGCGGUGCAUUCAAACCAGCGAUGGGUCAUAUCAUGUCAUCGGAAAUGUUGAUUUAAAUGAGCGACAAGUGACAAAUACAACAUCGGUAAUUGCACACACAUCGCCGACAAUAGAAUCGACCCCACCACCACCACCACCACCGUCAUCGUCGUCAUCGUCUUCAGGGGCAUCUGGACGAAAACGGCGCGGUCGUGCACCCAAACAAAACAAUACAUAUACUCAACAACAGAAUGACAGCGAUCUUAUAACUUUGGAGAAUGUUUAUCAACCGCCCGAGCCAACAACCGUGACAGCAAAUAAAGUGACCAACUCAAAGCGGAGGCGUGGUGCACAACAAACCAUAGACAACACACCGUCGGCCAAUUCGAUUGAUUCGAAUCAAACGGUCAUACAAAAUGUCGAUGCAAUCGACAUUCCACCGCAGCAAUUUUAUCUUGCCUACAAUGACAAUGGAGUGCUCGUACCUAUCGAAACGACCUCAACAUUGGCAAUGAAAAACGAUUCACAAGGCAAUGCCGUUGAUUUAUCGCAGGAACAAUACAUUAUUGAAGAUUUGGAUGCCUCGCGAAAGGCACAACAGAAGAGUGCUCGAAAUAAAUCAUCAUCAUCCAGUAGGGUGCAGUCACAGAUGCCACCAACGCCAUCACAACCGUCAACGACUGCUACCACUAGCACUGUAACUGCAGCUACAAAUCCAGCCAGAGUGAUUGUGCCCGAUUCGAAUGCCAGUGAUUUAUCUGCCUAUAACAUUGACGACCUAUCACAUUUGGACAAACCGAUCACAUCGGAGAAGCCAUCGACUCCGAUUAAGCCAUUGAAAACAAAGCCGCAAUUCAUGGACAGUUUCUUUUCGUUCCUCAUGAAUCGCGAAUCAAAUAAAUUAUGAGUGUUAAAGUGAGCUUCGAUCGUUCCAGCCUCCGAUUGAAGCCACUUUAAAAAAACAAACGAAACAAAGACAAAGUUCAUGACUUUAUUUUAAUUUUUAUCCCUCAAACUAUUUUUUUAAUCUUCGAUUCUGUCAAUGAAAUGUAAGCCUACAUAUAUAUAUGCAUAAAUGAGGACUUGAACAACAUUUGACAAAAUUUUUACAUACACAAAGAGUACGUGAUGAACUUAUGCUGGAAACAAAAACAAUGUUCUAUACAAAUAUAUAUAAAAUUAUGAUGGUGAAAAAAACACUUUUGAAAUUAUGUAGAGUUUAUAUUUUUAUCCGAAUUUCGAUUCGCUUUACAAAUUAUUUUGAGGUUAGUAUUUGAGUUGACUUGUAAUGUUUGUCGAGCGAAACAAAACAUUCAUGUUGUUUGUAAAAAAAAAACCGAAGCAAAUAAAUAAAAUCAUACAAAUCCCGAAUGAAAAA